GGAAAUGAUGCAGCUGUAAGCCCCUCCUUCCUGUAUAGCAAACUCAGUAUAAAAAAAAUCUCUUUGGAAGCUGCAGAGAGGGUCUGCAGAGACGAAUGUUGGAGAAAUGGGGACAGAUCAGGACGAGACAGGACCCCAGAGGCAGUUCAAUGCAGCUGUCUCUGUCAUCCAGGGCUUACCAAAAAGGGGCUCAUAUCGACCAUCCCAUGAUGAGAUGCUGCGGUUCUACGGCUACUACAAACAGGCAGUUUUAGGACCCUGCAACAUCCCCCGCCCUGGAUUUUGGGAUCUUAUUGGAAAAUACAAGUGGGAUGCCUGGAAUAGGCUGGGAGGAAUGAGCAGAGAGGAAGCCAUGAGGGCAUAUGUCAAAGAGAUGAAGAUGGUGGCACAGAAGAUUCUUGAUACAGUGCCACUAGAUAAUACAUCUCCUGAAAUGUUUGAACCUUUCCGGCCCCUGUAUGAAGUCAUCCCUGAUAUGCCUCGCCCCCCAGGAUCUUUCUUCCAGAUAUUACCUGAGAGUGAAUCUCCCAGAGAAACAGAUGAACAGGAAGUAUAUAGAGAUCUGCAGGACAUAUUGACUGAAAGUCAAGAGAGCUGGGAAAGUGGAAUACAAGAUGCAGAGCAAACACAGCCAGAGCAGAGGGCAACAGAGAGACAACGUGACCCUAUUGGGCAGGCUUGUCUCCCUAACCAGGAACGUGGACAGAAAAGCCAGAGAUGGGAAUCAGAGACAGAGGAUUUCCGUGACAGCCUGGAACAGCUAGAUUUAGAAAAGGAAUGUAUAGAUACAGAUUCUUGGAUUCAUCCUCACUUAUUUCAGCCAUCUCCUGAAGCAGAGAUUGUAUUACAGUGCAAAAGUCAAGGAGGAGAUGUGCAAAGACGUGACGGUGACAAAGAUACAGUGCAAAAGUCUCAGGAACAUACCACUGGAACAAGCAGCACCAAUAUAUCUAGUGGAUCACACAGAACUUUUAGAAGACCAUCAAAUGAGCUGAGCCCUCAGAUCCUGGCUACAGUACAGACUUUACAGGCAUCAAUGCAGAGUCUAUAUCAUCGAAUAGAAAGCCUGGAAAAAGUCCUACAGGAACAGAAGCUGACUAUACAUCCCAAGAGAUCCUGUAAAAACACGAAGCUGUGGGGCUUUCUUCCUAUCCCAUCCCGGACCCUCCUCUUAAUACUUGUAUGGCCAUUCUUCGUUCAUUGGCUUCAGUACAGAUUUUACAGACGGAAAAGAUGACACCUCUCCAUUGCUCACCUACUGACCAGGAAGUAAUUUCAAUCUGCUGUUCACGUUAUGCAGACAAAGUGAAAUCCAUUACCUUGACUCUAUGAAAGAGGCAAUCUACUCCACAUAGAAAAUCAUUUUCUCUCCAAAGCUGCUAUUUCUUUCAAAAACAAACUUUUGCAAGGUCUCAAUGCUUUCUCCAACCAUAGAAACCCAAUACCUCUACUUUUGACCUAUGAUACGUACUUCACCCCUACAAAUGGGAAUUAUUUAACCUUGAGAUGUGUGGAUAUUACUCCUGAUAUAUAUGGAAAAUCAGUUCAUUGGUGCAUUCCUUAAUCUAUUGCUUGUUUAUACUGUAUCAGGAGCCAUUUGUUGGCAGUAACUCUUCAGCUAGCAAUAUCUCUCACCUAUCCAGGGAAAGAAAGGUUAAUUGCUUAAUUUACUUUCACUUCUCCUUUAUCUCUGCACAAAAUGUAUUCUUUACUUCUAUCAUUUUCUUCUGUCCACGUUUUUCCCUCUUCUACUUUCUUUCAGUUUUAUGUUUAUUAUUGAAUGUUUAGUCCAACUGUGGACACAUCUAUAACCCCAAUUCCGAAAAAGUUGAGACGGUAUAGAAAGAAAAUUAAAUUCACCCUGUGCUUUAUUGAAAACACAUUUUUAACACAUUA